AUGGAGUACGAGGCUGAAAAUGGUCGCUUUGACGACGAAGCUAGAUUUGAUCGCGACCGCAGCGCCUCUCCCAGAGGCAAUGCGAGAGGGGGAGCUCGAAACCGAAGCGUGUCUCCAAGCAAUGGCCGUGGCGAGAUGCGCGUAUCCCAAAACGAUAGGGCGAUGAAAGGAAAUGACGACGAUGAGGGAAGUGUCAACACUGGCUCGAAUCUUUUCGUUACAGGCAUUCACCCACGCCUUACCGAAUCGGACGUAUCACGUCUUUUCGAGAAAUAUGGCGAUGUGGAAAAUUGUUCCAUCAUGCUUGACCCCCACACAAAGGAGUCGCGUGGUUUUGGCUUCGUGAAGAUGGUCACCGCAGAGCAGGCAGACGCUGCAAAGGAAGGCCUUCAAGGCGAAGUUAUUGAGGGGAGAACUCUCAGUAUCGAGAAGGCACGUCGUGGCCGUCCACGAACGCCAACUCCAGGAAAAUAUUUUGGUCCACCCAAACGUGGAACUUCUUUUGCCCGUGGCCCACCCCGUGGCGGCCGUUAUGAUCGUUACGAUGAUCGUCGAGGAGGGUACGGUGGUGGUGGACGUCGGCAGGAUGACAGUUAUCGCCACGGUCGUUAUGAUUCGUACAACGAACGUAGUCGGGACUAUGGUCGCCGCGAGUUCCGCGACGAGCCCUCAUAUCGCGGCAUCGAUCGCUACGCGACCUCAGGACGCGAAGAUAGAUAUGAACGUCGUGGUGGCGGUGGUGCUGCUGACGACCGUCGUGGGGAUGAUCGCCGUGCAUACUAUGAUCGCGAUGAUGCUCGUGCACAUCACUCUGCCGCGUUUGGUGAAGGCGCACCGCCUCCUCGUGAAUCUCGUGAGCCGUAUGGUGGGCGUUCGUACGAAGGCCGUGGUGGCGAUGUCAGAUAUGCUUCGAGAUAG